AUGUUCAUUGCACGAUCCGAAUAUGACCGUGGAAUCAACACCUUCUCCCCCGAAGGUCGUCUGUUCCAGGUUGAAUACUCUCUCGAAGCUAUUAAGCUAGGAUCCACAGCGAUCGGAGUCGCAACAUCGGAGGGAGUCAUCCUUGGUGUCGAGAAGCGCGUUACAUCCACCCUGCUCGAAGCAUCAUCUGUCGAGAAGAUCGUCGAAAUCGACCAGCACAUUGGCUGCGCCAUGUCCGGCCUCCAGGCCGACGCCCGAAACCUGGUUGAGCACGCCCGUGUCGAAUGUCAGAAUCACGCCUUCAACUACGCCGAGCCGCUGCGCGUCGAGAGUACCACACAGGCAAUUUGCGACUUGGCUCUCCGGUUCGGAGAGAGUGGUGAUGAUGAGGAGAGCGUGAUGUCCAGACCGUUUGGUGUUGCGUUGUUAAUUGCCGGUUAUGACGAGGACGGGCCUCAGCUAUAUCACGCUGAGCCCUCAGGUACUUUCUACCGAUAUGAUGCUAAGGCUAUCGGCUCCGGAAGCGAAGGUGCCCAGGCAGAGCUGCAGAAUGAAUACCACCGUUCUUUGACUCUUUCUGAGGCCGAGACGCUGGUGUUGAAGACACUGAAGCAGGUCAUGGAGGAGAAGCUUGAUUCCAAGAACGUUCAGUUGGCGAGUGUGACCAAGGAGAAGGGAUUCCGCAUCUACGAUGAUGAAGAGAUGGGCCGGGCUGUUGCACAGCUUGGUGGAAACCAAUAG